ACGAGGUGAUCUCCCAAGCCAUUCCCGACGAAGACCGGACGUACCUCAAUGGGUUGGGUGACAUCUGGAUUUAUGACGGUGGGAUGGACAAUCUUGUCCAAGCGGCCUUCAUGCUGAUGGAGAGCCACAAAAGGCGGCAGCAGGAGAUAGCUCGGCUGAAGGAAGUUGAGCAAAAGGCUGCCUCGGCCGAUGAGGCCUUGAGUUGCCUGGAUCGGCUACGAGGCGAUGUAGAGGCCUUGAAGAAGAGGGUUGAUCAUGCCGACGCAGCCACUCUCCAGUUGACCGCCGACAGGGACGAUGCCCUCAAGAAACUCGCCGAAGAGAAAGAGGCGCAUGAGGUUACUCGUUGUCGUGCUGAUGAGGUCGAGAAGGCCAAAGCCGAGGCCGAGCAAGCUGUUGAGGCUGCCAUCGAGAAG